AUGGCGGAUAACGACUCGACUGCGCAGAUGGCCGUAACCCUCCAGCUUCCCACCUUCUGGGCCCACAGACCAUCUGCAUGGUUCUCCCAUGUGGAAGCUCAGUUUGCCUUGAGACACAUUCAAUCACAAGAAACUAAGUCCAACUUAGUCAUCGUCAGCUUACCGGAAAAUGUGAUCGAAGACGUCUCAGAUGUGCUAGAUGACCCAGCACCGAAUCUUUACGAUCGCCUCAAAACCGCCCUCAUCAAACGUGUUGCACUUACUGA